AUGCAGUCGUUCGUUGUUCUCCGAGAAGCAUACCUUCCAGUGCCGAACUCAACGAGAUACAUCAAGAUGGUGUACGAGCCAUACUUGCCUGCGCAGACUCCAGCGUACCAGAACAAGAAUUGGAAUCAAUCUUUGGCAGCCUGCAAGGCUGAUGGGGGGUGGUUGGCCAUCGACAAUGACGACACAAUCCACCAAUACCUGUAUAACAUUCUCAUGGCCAAUGGAAUAUUUCCUAACUACAAGGCUCUCUGGAUUGGCGGAUAUUCCACGACCGACAAAUGGCAUUGGGAGCUCCUCGAUGGGACCAAGAUCACCCUGACUGGACUGGGUCAAGCGAAGUUCGCCCCUGGACAUCCGGAUGGGACUGGCGGUGGCCUACAUUUUUUCGCAACCCUUGGCUCAUAUUGCUGUGGAUUUUGGUCGGAUUGGGAUUACACUGUGGCCUGGAGCCCGGGAGGCUACUUCUGCGAGAUCAUGCUCCCUUGAUUUUCACAGUUUCCUUGUUCCUUGUAUUCCUGCAGAUGGCUGCACAUUCCCAGUGUUGGCCUCGGAAUACUUCUCGCACGUUCUCUCACACAUUGAUGGAAUUUCAUAUGAUUGCGAAUUCACCCAUUCCUGCAAAAUGUUUUUCUUGUCAUGAGUUUCUGGAACGCAGCAGCCGUAGUUCAAAAGUAUUGUGCUACAUAAACAGUUUUUAUCCCAGAGUGGAAAAGAAAAAACAUCACUGUCCUUCAGUCAACCACUCCCUUCAUGCUUUACUCGCCUAUUGCAGUUGUGACUUCACGGUUUUAUCAAUUGGGUUGCGCUUGGUGUAUUUUUAGUGAGUAUGUAUAUAUCGAACAUUUCAUGACGAAGUCUCCGUGACUUAUUACACCACUGGUAAAAAAG